AUGUCGAACCUCUCCAUCAGCUCGGGCAGCAGCCAGCACACCACUCUGGACUGGGAUACUGGCUUUCCCGACAGCUUUGUGAAUAAUACAACUUCUCGCCGGCACCCAGAGGCCAAGACCGGCGAGUUCGCCAUCAUCCAGGCCAACGACGUGGACCCACAGUUCGCCAUCAACCACAGAAAGCACCUUCUCUUCGCCAAGCACAGGCGGACAAUCAGCCACGGCAAAGUGACGCAGCUCGAGACAAUCUUCUCUAGCGAGGCAGAGACAGAGUCUCCCCACCACGAUACUGGGGUCAGCCAGCCUCAGCUGGACGGUCAGUUGGGGUCCGCUGCUGCUGCUGAGCUCGAACGUCCCAUGUCAUCGGCCUCCAGUGUGAGCGACAAAGGCAAGCGGAAGGGCAUUUUCAGAUGGCGCGGGAAUUAG